AUGAAGGGGGGAAUGAAAUCCAAAAUCAAAGCAGAUAAAAUUAAACCACUUGCAACACCAAAACCUCCAACGACAGUACCUCCUCCUUCAGUUAAUCCUUCAUCAUUCACUUUAUUAUAUCCAUUUCAAACAUUAAAGAAGCAAAAAGAUUUUAAAAAGGAUUUCAAGAUAUUAAAUAAACCAAUUGACCCGAAAAUUCAACCGUUAAAGGAAAAAUUUAGUCGCCCUUCAUUUGCUCCAUAUCCAUAUUCAUACGAAAUCGAUCAUCUGGAAUAUUCAAAAAGAAACGUUACUUAUUUAUUUGCCAUUAACAUUAACACUAGAUAUUUAUAUUGCAUUCCGGUGAAAGGGAAAACAGAACAGGAAACAAGAAGAGCUAUUCAAUACUUACUAGAUCAUGAAAAAGUAGAUAAUAUAAGGGGUGAUGGUGAUAAAGGAUUUCGGGCAGCUAUGGCUCAUUAUUUCCCACAAAUUAAUUUUUUCUUUUCAUCCUCUCCAUAUACGUUUCGUAAUAAAAUAGUUGAUGCGGUAAUGAGAACUCUUAGAGAUGCGUUAGGGGUUAACGGUCAGAUAUACUGGGAUGGAAAUCAUGACUCCAUCAUACAGCAGUUAGUAUAUUAUUACAAUAAUACAUGGCAUAGAACUAUAAACAUGAAACCAGUGGAAAUGAAAGAUGAUAUUUCAAAAGAAUGGGAAUAUAUUAGAAAGCAAAUGGAAAGGUUGAAUGAUGUUAAACGUGAACAAAUUAAUUCGGGGCUCAUGAAUUUUAAACAAGGGGAUAAAGUUUUGAUUCAUCUCGAUUAUGGAAAAACUGAUAAAUCAAUGACAAAAAAAGACGAAGAUUUGACACAAUAG